AGCAGAGGUUGUGUUAUCAUGGAUCUUCUCCACAGUUGGGGGGUUGAACUGGCGGUUCAUCUGCAGACCAAAUACAGCAGGUAUGAUGGCUUGUUUAGCCUGGCGUCCACUGUGGCCGAUCUGCACACCACGUUCUUCUGCUUCUUCCCAAUCUGGUUCCACCUGCGGAGGGACACCGGGCUCAGGCUCAUCUGGGUGGCUGUCCUCGGAGAUUGGCUCAACUUGGUCCUGAAAUGGGUUCUGUUUGGGGAGAGACCGUACUGGUGGGUUCAUGAGACCCGGUUUUAUGGAGCUGGACCGGUCCCGUCUCUGCAGCAGUUUCCCAUUACUUGUGAGACUGGACCAGGAAGCCCUUCAGGUCAUGCUAUGGGUGCAGCUGGCGUCUGGUAUGUGAUGGUAACAGCGCUGCUCUCUAUUGCAACAGAGAAGCGUCAUAUUCAGUAUUCACCCUCUGUUAGAUUCUUGCAGGUAGGCCUGUGGAUGCUAAUGGCCCUGGUAGUGCUGGUGGUCUGCAUGUCCAGGGUCUACAUGGCUGCCCACUUCCCACAUCAGGUCAUUGCUGGAGUCAUUACAGGUGUACUUGUAGCUGAGGUGGUCUCAAAGGAGAAAGGGAUCUACAGUGCCAGCUUGAAGAAGUACUUCUACACAACCCUCUUCUUGACCUCAUUCGCUGUUGGCUUCUACCUCCUGCUCAAAGCUCUGGGUGUGGACCUGCUGUGGACCAUGGAGAAAGCCCAAAAGUGGUGUGUGAAGCCCGAGUGGGUCCACCUGGACACCACGCCCUUCGCCAGUCUCCUGCGUAACAUGGGCACCCUUUUCGGCCUGGGCCUGGGCCUGCACUCGCCCCUUUACACGGAGACCAAGAAGAUGAAAACAAGCACCGGUUUCAAACUUGGAUGUAUUGUCGUCUCCUUAUUUCUGCUUCAGCUGCUGGACGGAUGGACAUUUUCUUCUGAAAAUCUUGUGACUUUCUACUUCCUGUCUUUUGGUAAAAGUGUGGUUGCACUUUUAAUCCCAACCACUCUGAUUCCCUGGGCUUUCUGCUGGAUUUGCAAGGAGAAGAAAGAAGACAAGAACUUGUGAUUCAGGUCCAACCUGUAGUUUAAAACUAAAUUACUAGUUUAAUGUCAGUUUAAGACACAAGGACAUUUAGACUUUCAUAACGUAACAAGUUAUUGCGCUGGCCUGGAUAUCAGUUCCUUAAAGGAAUAUGUACUGUAGUCUGACAUUUUGGGAAAUAGCCGGUUAGCUUAGCUUAGCGUGGAAGCAGCUAGCUUGGUUUUGUCCAUAGAUAAAAAUACCAACCAGCACUUAACACGUAAAACACAGCGCUAUUUCUUGGCCAGGAGCAUCGACUUCCUUGCAGUCUCAGCUGAACGCCUGGCAACCUCACAGUAAAACCACAGAUCCUUUUUACACCUAAACAAAUAAGAUAUAUUUAUUAGUGAGCUUUAGAUGUGUUCUAAACAGAUUUAGUUACUUUUAGACAAAGCCAGGCUAGCUCAUCCCGCCUGUUUCCAGUCUUUGUGCUAAGCUAGGCUAACUGCCUCCUGGCUGCCAGGCUCCAUACUUAAUGCACUGAUAUAAAACUGGUCCGGGAAUCAAAUUAUAGUUGUUUAUUUUUGUCUGUAUUUGGCCUUCAAGGUCUCUCAUUGUUGUCAUGUAUACAAAUAUACACACACUUCAGCAAAUAAAAGUGCUUUUUCAGCUUAUUAAUGCAUAA